AUGACAAUAAAUGAAGAUUCAGGAUCUAGAAAAAGAAGAAACAUAAGUAGAGGAGGAGGAAUUUCAAGAGAUAUAGUUACCCAAAGACAUCCUUUAAAUGUCAAACCUUCAGGUAACGCAUUAAUUUAUAAUGAUUCCAAACUUUUAGCGAAAAAAGCACAUCAAUUAGGUGAUUUACAUAUAUUUAAUGAUGAAUUAUUAUUAGAUCUCUUAGGAUUUAUUGAUGAUGAAAAAGAUUUAAAAAAUUUAAGUCAUUGUUCUAAAGUUCUUUAUGCAUUUGUUUAUGAUGAACAAUUAUGGAGAAGUUUAUAUAUGAAGAAAGCAUUUAAUGAAUUGAAAAUUUUCAAAACCAAAGCACCAAUUUAUCCAUUAAAUAUAUCAAAAUGGAGAGGUUCAUGGAGGAAAACAAUGUUGGGAUUAAAUGAAGAGGCAAAUUUACAAUUAGAGGAGAAUUUAUUAUGUUCAGAUGUAUUAUUUAGACCUUAUCAAUGUUCACAAAUUAAUUAUAAAGAAUUAUUCAAAGAUUUAAUAUUUGAAGAAGAAUUAAGUUGGAAAUUGAAAGAAACUCAAAAUAAAAAAUAUGGUAUCAAGAGAAUAUCUGAAGAUUUAUUAACAAAUGAUUUAUUUAAUUCAAAACAUUAUUUAAAACCAUUCAUAUUAACAACUGAUAAUAAAGAAAGAUGGCCAACAUGGACUUUAGAUGAAUUAUGUAAAAGAUUUGCAAAUGUUCAAUUUCGUCAAGAAGCAGUUACAUGGCCAUUAAAUUUUUAUUCACAAUAUUUUGCAAAAAAUCAAGAUGAAUCACCAUUAUACCUUUUUGAUUGUCAAAGUAAAGCUAUUAAAGAAUUAUCAAAUGAAUAUAAAGUUCCUAAAAUAUUUGAAAAUGAUUUAUUUAAAUUAUUUAAUACAGUAACAUGUCGUCCUGAUCAUAGAUGGUUAAUUGCAGGACCUGAAAGAUCAGGUUCAAAAUUUCAUUUAGAUCCAAAUUUUACAAGUGCUUGGAAUGCAAAUGUAUCAGGUAUGAAACUUUGGAUAAUGUUACCACCAAAUAUUAAACCUCCAGGUGUUGGAACUGAUGAAGAUGAAAGUGAAGUUACUUCACCUUUAGGAAUUGCUGAAUGGAUUUUAUCAGGUUUUUAUAAUGAUAGUAUUAAAUUAGCACUUGAUGGUAAAUGUUUAAUUGGUAUAACUUUCCCUGGUGAAUGUAUUUUUGUACCAAGUGGUUGGUGGCAUAGUGUUAUUAAUUUAGAAGAUUCAAUUGCUUUAACACAAAAUUUUGUACCAACUGGUGUAUUACCACAAGUUUUAAACUUUUUAAAAAAUAAAAAAGAUCAAAUAUCUGGUUUCCAUCUUGAUGAUUUUAUAAAAUCAUUGAAAACUUUCAUUAAGGAAAAUCCAAAUAUUGAAUCCAGAGAAAUUUUUGAAAAAUUUUUAAAUGAUAUUGCAAAUAAAGAAAUUGAUCAUGAAGAUAUUGGUGAAUUAUGUUCUGAUGAUUUAAAUUUACCAAUUUAUGAAUUUUUCAUUGAAUUAAUUAAACAAGAUGAAAAUUAUAAUAAAAUUUUACCAAAUGCAUUAGAAAAAUUAAAACAAAUUGAAAUUGAAAAAUUAAAAAAUAAACCAAAAACCAUAGUUCAAAGUAAAAUUUGGGAUGAAUUAACCAAACAAGCUAUAAAAACAAAUAAAGAACCUGAAUCUGCAUUUUCAUUUAAUUUUGAAGAAAGUGAUGAUGAAUAA